AUGGUUUCUCUCGCUGCCGCCCGCAAACCGGCCAACUUCAUGGCUCCCACCGUUAGCAGCAGCCUCAAACGCAAGCAACGUGAUGCCUCUUCCGACGCGGAGAACGACGGCCUGGCCCAGGCCAAGCGCCGCCGUGUCACAUUCGACCCCGAUGUCGACGUGCGCAUAGUCACGGACGUGGAGAAGAGUAUGGACCUGGUGGCGGAGGAAGUGCGGCGGGCCAUUGAAAAGCAUGCGGCAGGCGAAAAGGGCGAAUACGACCAGUUGCGCACUCUCUUCUCAGACUCCCCCACGGCACCUGGCACAGCUCAUUCUGCGCUCCUGCAAAAAUACGUCAUCGCUCUCACCGACGUUGUGCCGCUGCUCGAUUACAACUGCAAAGGACUCGUGCAUGCAAUCAUCGAUUGCAGCUGGAUAGCCCGCAAUGAGCAUUUUGUGCGCUCGUACCGCAACCUGCUGCGCUCGCUGCUUUCGGUGCACCCUGCCUACAUGUCGACAGUCUUUCAGAUGCUCGUGUCCAUGUUCCUCAACUCGCCCUCCACUGCCGCCAGGCAACAAGACGACCCGCCCAUCCAGCGGCCCCGCCUCACACAGCGGAUACACGAAUGCCUCAGCUCCUUCCUGCGACAGAGCCCCAUGGCGAGCACGUACCUCGCACCCAUCAUCGCCUCCACCUUUCCCUUCUCCGACGACACAGCGAAGGCGCACACACAGUACAUAAGAAACAUCUUGCACGUGUCCGAGUACUGCACAGAGCUGAAGGGAGAGAUCUUGUCACUGGUGACCGACAAAAUCGUCAAGAUCGAUGUUCAGAUCCAGACCGACAUGGAUGACCUCGAGGAUGAUGAGGAAGAGCUGGUGGGGCGGGCAAUUAACGAUGCUGAAGAGGAGGAUAUGAGCGACAACGAGUCUGUAUCGAGCGAGGAGAGCUUGGAGCCCGAGGACCGCCGAAAACGACAGAUUCAGGACAACGUCAAGAAGCUCGAUGCAGUCAUGGACCUGCUGUUCGCGCACUACGAUUCCGUCUUUGCAAAGAAUGACCUCUUCGACAGCGACGAGCUCUUCGAAAGCCUCCUCUCCCAGUUCGCCGCCAUAAUUCUUCCCACCUACCGCUCGCGACACGUGCAGUUCCUCCUCUUCCACUUCAGCCAAACUUCCGCCGAUCUUACCGAGCGCUUCGCAGGCUGCUGCUCGCACCUCGCCUUCGACCAACUACGCCCGCAUAUUCUCCGCGUCGCGGCCGCCGCCUAUCUCGCCUCUUUCAUCGCACGAGGUGCGCACGUCUCUGGCGCCGUGGUACGGGACGUCUUCGACCUGCUUUGCCACCACCUGGAGCGCCUGCGCAUCCAACAAGAGCCCUCUUGCAAAGGACCCGACCUGCGCCGCUAUGGCACAUACUACGCCAUCUCGCAGGCGCUGCUGUACACAUUCUGCUUCCGGUGGCGCGACCUGAUUGUCACACCGGACGGCCACACGCCCACGGACGAGGACAUCAUCUACCACGAGGGCGAUUUCGCAUGGUACAACAACGUGCAGGACAUCAUCCGGCGCAACAUCUUCUCCAAGCUGAACCCGCUGAAAAUCUGCGCGCCGUCCAUUGUUGGCCAGUUCGCGCGCAUGGCGCACCACCUGCGCUUUCUGUACGUGUACCCCCUGAUCGAGACGAACAAACGCGUACGUCUCGCGCGUAGCAUGACCGGCGGGUACCUGGGCGGCAUCGGCGGGCGGGAAACAGCGCUGAGCCAGAAGCGAGGCGACGACAUGUUCCUGCUCGACGCGUAUUUCCCAUUUGAUCCUUACGUGCUGCCCCGAAGCAAGCGCUGGAUCGAGCAGGACUACGUGCAGUGGAAACCGGUGCCGGGGAUGCCGGUAGAAAAAGACGACGACGAUGACGAGGAUUCGGACGAGGAAGAAGAGGAAGACGACGACGACGACGAAGACGAAGACGAGUCUCAGUCCGACGCUGAGCCGGUCGUCGCAGCCGAUACACCUGAAGACCUCGACGACGGGAGCACAGAGGCGAGUCUCUGA